AUGGCCGCCCCCGCCGCUGGCCCUGGUGCGCCCCUGUCCCUGGACGAAUUGCUUCUGAAAGGCGAUGCUGAGAAGACUGAGGAGGAGCUGGAAGAGGAAGACGACGAGGAGCUAGAUGAAACCCUGUCGGAGAGACCAUGGGGUCUGAUGGAAAUGUUUCCCGAGAAGGUCCUCUCCCUCUUUGUGACUCAGAAAAUGUACAGGUUUUCCAGGGCAGCCUUAUGGAUUGGGACUACUUCCUUCACGAUCCUGGUUGGUUCUAUUGUCUUUGAGACUGAGAAGUUGCAAAUGGGGCAACAGCAGCAACUGCAGCAACGGCAGAUGCUUCUAGGUCCCAACACAGAGUUGUUAGCAGGAAUGCCAGAGGCUCUACCUUCACUUCCUGGAAAGAUAAUAGUUACUUCUAUACUUGAUCCAUCUUGGUCGGAGAAGUUUGAAGAUUUGAUAGUGUUUGAACUGCUGAUUAUUUGGAUUUUUUUUCUUUUAACUUUGCACAUUGAUCUAAGAUCAGUCUUGUCCCAUGGAAAUUCCCAACUUGCACAUGUGUCCUCCACACCAUCCUGA